CGCUGAGCGCGCGCCAUCCAAUGACAGACGAGUUCCACAGUGCGUCGCCUUUUACCGUCUCAUACAUACGCACACCCAGUCUGAAGUCCACACGCAGUUACAGCAGUGGCAGUAGGAUUUCCGUGUGAAAGCUCACCAUGGCUGAGGGAGGAGAGGGCGAGGAUGAAAUCCAGUUCCUGCGGACAGAUGAUGAGGUGGUCCUACAGUGCUCAGCUACAAUCCAUAAGGAGCAACAGAAACUCUGUCUGGCUGCUGAAGGCUUUGGAAACAGACUCUGCUUCCUUGAGUCCAUCUCCAACUCCAAGAAUGUACCCCCAGAUCUGUCCAUCUGCACCUUUGUGCUGGAACAAUCACUAUCUGUACGAGCCCUUCAGGAGAUGCUGGCCAGCACUGAAGACAAGGCUGAGGGGAUGGCCCAGGGUGGUGGUCAUCGCACUUUACUGUAUGGACAUGCUGUCCUGCUGAGACACUCCUACAGUGGAAUGUACUUGUGCUGUCUGUCAACGUCCCGCUCAUCCACAGACAAACUGGCUUUUGAUGUGGGACUGCAGGAAGAUAUCACAGGCGAGGCGUGCUGGUGGACCAUCCAUCCAGCAUCAAAGCAGCGUUCAGAGGGAGAGAAGGUUAGAGUGGGAGAUGAUCUCAUUCUGGUCAGCGUCUCCUCUGAGAGAUAUCUGCAUCUGUCCUAUGGUAAUGGUAGUCUCCAUGUAGAUGCAGCCUUUCAGCAGACUCUCUGGAGUGUGGCUCCCAUAUGUUCUGGUAGUGAAGUAGCACAAGGUUUCCUGAUUGGAGGGGAUGUCCUGCGUCUCCUUCACGGUCACAUGGACGAGUGUCUGACUGUUCCAUCUGGAGAACAUGGAAAUGAGCAGAGGAGGUCAGUGCACUAUGAGGGGGGAGCUGUGUCUAGUCAUGCCAGGUCCCUCUGGAGGCUGGAGACAUUGCGGGUUAUGUGGAGUGGGAGUCAUAUCCGCUGGGGUCAGCCAUUCAGACUGAGACAUGUGACCACAGGAAAGUAUCUCAGUUUGAUAGAAGAUAAAUCUCUACUGCUGAUGGACAAAGAGAAAGCUGAUGUCAAGUCUACAGCAUUCUGCUUUAGGUCCUCUAAGGAAAAGUUGGACCCCAGUGUGAAGAAGGAGCUGGAUGGCAUGGGUGUUCCUGACAUUAAAUAUGGCGACUCAGUGUGUUACAUUCAACAUGUUGAUACCUGCUUAUGGCUCACAUACCACACUGUCAAUGCUAAGUGCGCACGCAUGGGUGGAGUCCAGAGAAAGGCCAUCAUGCACCAUGAGGGUCACAUGGAUGAUGGGCUGACAUUGUCUCGGUCACAGCAUGAGGAGAGUCGCACUGCCAGAGUCAUCCGCAGUACUGUCUUUCUCUUCAAUCUGUUCAUCAGGGGUCUGGACACACUAAGGAAAAAGGGGAAGAGCUCUACUUUAGAUCUACCAAUAGAUUCAGUCAGUCUGAGUCUACAGGAUCUGAUUGGCUACUUUCAACCACCUGGAGACCAUCUAGAACAUGAAGACAAGCAGAACCGACUCCGAGCUCUGAAGAAUCGACAGAACCUUUUUCAGGAGGAGGGGAUGAUCAGCCUGGUGUUGGAAUGUAUUGAUCGGCUUCAUGUCUAUAGCAGUGCAGCUUAUUUUGCUGAGGCAGUAGGAAGGGAAGCAGGAGAAGCCUGGAGCUCCAUCCUCAACUCCCUCUACCAAUUACUGGCUGCACUGAUCAGAGGAAACAGAAAAAACUGUGCCCAGUUCUCUGGUUCACUGGACUGGCUGAUUAGUAGAUUGGAGCAACUGGAGGCCUCCUCUGGUAUAUUAGAGGUGCUUCAUUGUGUGCUGGUAGAGAGUCCUGAAGCACUGAACAUAAUCAAAGAAGGACACAUCAAAUCAAUCAUAUCUCUUCUGGACAAGCAUGGACGCAACCACAAGGUUCUAGAUGUAUUGUGUUCGCUGUGUGUGUGUCAUGGCGUAGCUGUGCGCUCCAACCAGAACCUCAUCUGUGACAACUUGCUGCCAGGAAGAGAUCUGUUACUGCAGACCUGUCUGAUCAACCACGUAAGCAGCAUGCGUCCUAACAUCUUCCUGAGCGUCAGCGAUGGUUCCGCUCAGUACAGGAAAUGGUACUAUGAGCUGAUUGUGGAUCAGGCCUUGCCAUUUGUCACAGCAGAGGCCACUCACCUCAGGGUGGGCUGGGCCAACAUCAGUGGUUAUGCACCCUACCCCAGCGGAGGGGAGGGGUGGGGAGGCAAUGGGGUGGGAGAUGACCUAUACUCUUACGGCUUUGAUGGACUCCAUCUUUGGUCAGGCUGCAUUGCACGAACUGUUAACUCCCCCAAUCAGCAUCUCUUGAGGUCAGAAGAUGUGGUGAGCUGCUGCCUGGACCUCAGUGUGCCCAGUAUCUCCUUCAGGAUCAAUGGCCAGCCGGUUCAGGGCAUGUUUGAGAACUUCAACUCUGAUGGCCUCUUCUUCCCUGUUGUCAGCUUCUCUGCUGGAGUCAAGGUGCGUUUCCUCCUUGGUGGACGUCAUGGGGAAUUUAAGUUCCUACCUCCCCCGGGUUAUGCUUCUUGUUAUGAGGCAGUGUUGCCCAGGGAGAAACUCAAGCUGGAGGCCAGUCAGGAUCAGACUGCAGCCAGAGACUUGCUGGGGCCCAUCAUCACACUGAGCCAGGCAGCAUUCACCCCCACACCUGUGGACACCAGCCAGAUUGUGUUGCCUUCUCACUUGGAGAGGAUCAGGGAGAAACUAGCAGAAAACAUCCAUGAACUGUGGGUGAUGAACAAGAUAGAACUGGGCUGGACCCAUGGCGCAGUGCGAGAUGAUAACAAGCGUCAACACCCAUGUCUGGUGGAGUUCUCCAAGCUUCCUGAACAGGAACGAAGUUACAACCUACAGAUGUCACUGGAGACUCUCAAAACUCUCCUGGCUCUGGGUUGCCAUGUUGGUCUCGCAGAUGAACAUGCUGUAGAAAAAGUGAAGAGCAUGAAACUGUCACCAACCUAUGAGUUGUCCAGUGGUUAUAAACCUGCUCCUCUGGACUUGAGUCACAUCAAACUGACCUCCACCCAGGAAGCUAUGGUGGACAAACUGGCUGAGAAUGCACAUAAUGUCUGGGCAAGAGACCGCAUCCGUCAGGGCUGGACCUAUGGCAUUCAACAGGAUGUGAAGAAUCGGCGAAACCCUCGUCUGGUUCCUUACACUCUGCUGGAUGAGAGAACCAAAAAGUCCAACAAAGACAGUCUGAGAGAGGCCGUCAGGACUCUGCUGGGUUAUGGAUACACCCUGGAAGCUCCUGACCAGGACCAUGCAGCUCAGUCUGACCUCAGCAACAUGUCUGCUGAGAGGUUCCGCAUUUUUAGAGCAGAGAAAACCUACUGUGUAAAUGCUGGAAAGUGGUACUUUGAACUGGAGGUGUUGACAGCAGGAGAGAUGAGGGUGGGCUGGGCUAAACCAGGAUGCCUCCCAGACCAAGAGCUGGGAUCUGAUGACCAGGCCUUUGUGUUUGAUGGCUUCAAGGUCCAGCGCUGGCACCAGGGGAAUGAGCACUUUGGGCGUGCCUGGCAGGCAGGGGAUGUAGUGGGCUGCAUGGUGGAUCUGAAUGAACACACCAUGAUGUUCACACUCAAUGGAGAAGUCCUGCUGGAUGAUUCUGGCUCUGAGCUGGCCUUCAAGGACUUUGAAGCUGCUGAAGGCUUGAUCCCAGUCUGCAGUCUAGGUGUGUGUCAGGUGGGCAGGAUGAACUUUGGUAAAGAUGUCAGCACUCUUAAAUAUUUCACCAUCUGCGGCCUGCAGGAAGGUUAUGAGCCCUUUGCUGUCAACAUGAACCGAGAUGUCACCAUGUGGCUCAGCAAGAGGCUGCCACAGUUUGUGUCUGUCCCCACCAACCACCAGCACAUACAGGUGACAAGGAUAGAUGGGACCAUGGAAUCAUGUCCAUGCCUAAAGGUUACCCAGAGAUCAUUUGGAUCACAGAACAGUUACACUGACAUUACCUUCUACAGACUGAGCAUGCCCAUAGAGUGCGCAGAAUCCUUCUCCAGAUCCUCGCCCAAUGGCAGCCUCUUCUCACUAAAGAGGGAUCUAGAAGAUUUUGAAAAUGUGUCAGACUUUGAGGUCCUGAUGAAGUCACCUCAUGGUCACAAUGGUCCCAGUGGCCCUGAAAGAGAUGAAUUCAACAAUCACAAAGAUUAUAACCAAGAGAAGCCAUCUAAGCUUAAGCAACGGUUCAUGUUGAAGAGAAACAAACCAGACAACAGCUGUCCAUCAUCUGCUCGACUAUCAGAGGAAGUGAUGGCUGAUGACAGAGAUGAUUAUGAAUUCCUCAUGCAAGCCUCUACACACUAUUACUCAGUGCGGAUCUUCCCUGGUCAGGAGCCCAGCAGUGUGUGGGUAGGCUGGGUAACCUCUGACUUCCAUCAGUAUGACCCAGGCUUCGAGCUGCACAAGGUCCGAACUGUCACUGUUACCCUGGGAGAUGAGAAGGGCAAAGUUCAUGAGAGUAUAAAGCGUAGUAACUGUUACAUGGUGUGGGCUGGAGAGAGCAGCAGUCCUGGUCAGGGGAGGAACAACAAUGGCUUGGAGAUUGGCUGUCUUGUUGACACAACAAAUGGAUUACUGACCUUCACCGCCAAUGGCAAAGAACUCAGCACAUAUUACCAGGUGGAGCCCAGUACCAAGCUGUUCCCUGCAGUUUUUGCCAAAGCCACUAGCCCCAAUGUGUUCCAGUUUGAACUGGGACGAAUAAAGAAUGUGAUGCCUCUGUCAGCUGGUCUGUUCAAGAGUGAGAGGAGGAACCCAGUUCCUCAGUGUCCUCCACGGCUUCAUGUCCACUUUCUCACGCCUGUUUUGUGGAGUCGUGUUCCCAACCACUUCCUCAAGGUGUCAGCAUCCAGGGUGAAUGACAGACAUGGCUGGCUGGUCCAGUGUAAUGAACCUCUGCAGUUUAUGUCUCUGCACAUACCUGAAGAGAACAGGUCAGUGGAUAUUCUGGAGCUGUCAGAGCAGAGGGACUUAUUAAAGUUUCACUACCAUACCCUCAGAUUGUACUCUGCAGUUUGUGCUCUGGGAAACAAUCGAGUCGCACAUGCCCUCUGCUCCCAUGUAGACGAGGCACAGCUCCUGCAGGCUAUAGAGGAUAAAUACAUGCCAGGUUUGCUUCGUGCAGGCUACUAUGACCUCCUCAUUGACAUUCACUUGAGUAGUUACACCACAGCUCGCCUCAUGAUGAACAACGAGUACAUUGUUCCAAUGACGGAUGAAACAAAGAGCAUUACCCUGUUUCCUGAUGAGAAGAAGAAACAUGGCCUGCCAGGUAUUGGCCUCAGCACCUCUCUGAGACCCAGAAUGCACUUCUCAUCUCCAAAUUUUGUCUGUGGGACUGGAUCAUCAUAUCGUAACAACAGCAACAACGGAUUAGGAUCAGGAGAAUGUUUCCAGUACAGCCCUGAAUUCCCCUUAGAUAUACUGAAAAUUAAAACCAUCGAGAUGCUGACAGAAGCGGUGCGGGAGGGGAGCAUGCAUGUACGGGAUCCAAUCGGAGGCAGCACUGAGUUUCUUUUUGUCCCCCUCAUUAAGCUCUUCUACACGAUGCUCAUCAUGGGAGUUUUCCAAAAUGGAGAUCUGAAGAAUAUUCUUCGACUGAUUGAACCAUCUGUGUUCUGUGAAAGACAAGAAGGGCAGGAGGAGAAGCACACAGAGUUGGAGGUAGUGAAAGAGAAGACUGAGGGAGGGGCGGAUGUAGGAACGAACAGGCCAAAAGGACUGUUACAGAUGAAGCUGCCAGAGCCUGUAAAACUCCAGAUGUGCCACGUGCUGCAGUACCUGUGUGACUGUCAGGUCCGUCAUCGUAUUGAGGCAGUGGUGGCCUUCUCUGAUGACUUUGUAGCCUGUCUCCAAAACAACCAGAGGUUCCGCUACAACGAGGUGAUGUUGGCACUCAACAUGUCUGCAGCCCUCACUGCCAAGAAGACAAAAGAGUUCAGAUCACCUCCACAGGAACAGAUCAACAUGCUGCUGAACUUUAAGGAUGAGAAGCAGGAGUGUCCCUGUCCUGAAUACAUCAGAGAACAGCUGCUCGACUUUCAUGAAGAUCUGAUGAGACACUGUGGUAUAGAUUUGGAUGAGGAAAGAAGGACAGAUGGUGACAGUGACUUCACCAUCCGAGGUCGACUCAUGUCUUUGGUGGAGAAAGUAACUUAUCUGAAGAAGAAGCUGACCAAUCUGCCAAUGGAGAAAAAAGACAGGAAACCCAGUACCUUACAGCAGCUGAUUUCAGAUACAAUGGUCCGCUGGGCUCAGGAGUCAGUUAUUGAGGAUCCAGAGCUGGUCAGAGCUAUGUUUGUCCUGCUGCAUCGCCAAUAUGAUGGCAUUGGAGGACAGGUACGGGCUAUUCCUAAGACUUACACUAUAAACGCAGUAUCAGUUGAGGAUACCAUCAACUUGUUGGCUGCUCUGGGUCAGAUCAGAUCCCUGCUGAGUGUCCGUAUGGGAAGAGAGGAGGAAAAACUGAUGAUCAGAGGGCUGGGUGAUAUCAUGAACAACAAGGUGUUCUACCAGCAUCCUAAUCUGAUGAGAGCUCUGGGGAUGCAUGAAACUGUCAUGGAGGUCAUGGUCAAUGUUCUUGGUGGAGGAGACUCCAAGGAAAUAGCCUUUCCUAAAAUGGUGGCCAAUUGUUGUCGGUUUCUUUGUUAUUUUUGUCGAAUCAGUCGUCAGAACCAGAAAGCAAUGUUUGACCAUCUCAGCUACCUGCUGGAGAACAGCAGUGUUGGCCUUGCAUCUCCAUCCAUGCGAGGCUCUACUCCUCUAGAUGUGGCUGCAGCAUCGGUCAUGGAUAAUAAUGAGUUGGCCCUGGCUUUGAGAGAACCAGACCUGGAGAAGGUGGUGCAGUACCUCGCCGGCUGUGGCCUGCAGAGCUGUGUGAUGCUGGUGCGUAAAGGAUACCCUGACAUUGGCUGGAACCCUGUAGAGGGAGAACGCUACCUUGACUUCCUACGCUUUGCUGUCUUCUGCAAUGGUGAAAGUGUUGAGGAGAAUGCCAAUGUUGUGGUGAGGCUUCUGAUUCGUCGACCAGAAUGUUUUGGCCCUGCUCUUCGAGGCGAAGGUGGUGAUGGGUUGUUGGCAGCCAUGGAAGAAGCCAUUAAGAUCUCUCAGGAUCCCUCCAGAGAUGGUCCCUCUCCUACAUCUGAGAACAGCAAGACAUUUGUUGAAAUGCUAGAAGAAGGGGAAGAUGAUACUAUACACAUAGGGAAUGCCAUAAUGACAUUCUAUGCUGCCCUCAUUGACCUGCUGGGUCGCUGUGCUCCAGAAAUGCAUCUAAUCCAUGGAGGUAAAGGUGAAGCAAUCCGUAUCAGAGCCAUUCUGAGGUCUCUCAUCCCUAUUGAAGACCUGGUGGGAGUCAUCAGCAUUCCAUUCUCCAUGCCCAACCUAGCUAAAGAUGGGAUGGUGGUGGAGCCAGACAUGUCAGCUGGUUUCUGUCCAGAUCAUAAAGCAGCCAUGGUGCUGUUCCUGGACCGGGUCUAUGGUAUAGAAGACCAGAAUUUCCUGCUUCACUUGCUGGAAGUUGGGUUCUUACCUGACUUGAGAGCUGCUGCCUCUCUGGACACUGUUGCUCUCAGUGCCACAGACAUGGCACUUGCCCUCAACAGGUAUCUGUGUACAGCUGUGUUGCCUCUCCUGACUAAAUGUGCACCGCUGUUUGCGGGGACAGAGCCGUUUGCCUCACUGAUCGACUCCCUCCUCCACACGGUUUACCGCCUGUCCAAAGGGUGCUGCCUCACUAAGGCCCAGAGGGACGCCAUAGAGGAGUGUCUGCUGGCUGUUUGUGGAAAGCUCAGGCCUUCAAUGAUGCAGCAUCUGCUGAGGAGGCUGGUAUUUGAUGUCCCCUUGCUUAAUGAACACACCAAGAUGCCUCUGAAGCUGCUGACCAAUCACUAUGAGCGUUGUUGGAAGUAUUACUGCCUGGCUGGAGGUUGGGGUAGCUUUGGAGCUGCAUCAGAUGAAGAGCUUCACCUCUCCAGGAAACUGUUCUGGGGAAUAUUUGAUGCUCUGUCACACAAAGGUUAUGACCAGGAGCUGUUUAAACUGGCCUUGCCAUGUCUCAGUGCUGUGGCUGGAGCUCUUCCUCCAGACUAUAUGGAGUCUAACUACAUGGCCAUGAUGGAGAAACAGUCAUCCAUGGAUUCAGAAGGAAACUUCUAUCCACAGCCUGCAGACACUGCCAAUAUAACUAUUCCAGAGAAACUGGACAGUUUCAUAACCAGAUAUGCAGAACACAACCAUGAGAAGUGGUGUAUAGAAAAGUUUUCCAGUGGCUGGACAUAUGGGGAACAGAUAUGUGAAAUCAGCAAGAGCCACCCUUUACUGAAACCAUACAAAAGCCUCUCUGAAAAGGAUAAGGAGUCAUACUGCUGGUCAGUCAGAGAAUCUCUGAAGACCAUGCUGUCGUGGGGCUGGAGCAUUGAUAGGAUCAGAGAGGGAGACCCCAUCAGCCUACAUAACAAGUCCCGGAGAAUGUCGCAGGCUAGCCAGCUGUCAUUUGAAGGAACACCAGCUUUCAGUCCUAGACCCAUUGAUAUGAGCAAUGUUACACUGUCUAGAGAUAUGCAGUCUAUGGCAGAACUACUUGCAGAGAAUGAUCAUAAUAUCUGGGCCAAGAAAAAGAAAAUUGAGCUGGAAUCCAAAGGUGGAGGAAACCAUCCUCUUCUGGUUCCUUAUGAUACACUGACUGCCAAAGAGAAAUCCAAAGACAGAGAAAAAGCACAAGACAUCCUUAAGUUCCUCCAGAUCAACAGUUACACUGUAUCCAGAGCUGCAAAGUCACAGGAGCUGGAUGCUCCAGCUAUUGAGAAACGAUUUGCCUACACCUUCCUCCAGCAGCUCAUUGCAUACGUUGACCAGGCGCACCAACACAUAAUGGAGUUUGAUCUAGGAACAAGACCAAAGGGAGAGAAGAUACCUCAUGAACAGCAACUGAAGUUCUUUGGAAAGGUGGUCUUACCUUUGGUGGAUCAGUACUUUAAAAACCACAGGCUGUACUUCCUGUCCACAGCUAUUCAUCCAAUCAGCAGCGGUGGCCAUGCCUCCAAUAAGGAGAAGGAGAUGGUGACCAGUCUUUUCUGCAAACUGGGAGUUCUUGUCAGACAUAGGAUAUCUGUAUUUGGUAACAAUGCCACAUCUAUAGUCAACUGUCUGCAGAUACUGGGACAAAGCCUGGAUGCCAGGACAGUGAUGAAGACUGGUCUGGAGUCAGUGAAGGCGGCUCUACGGUCAUACUUUGACAGUGCAGCAGAAGAUCUGGAGAAGACGCAGGAGAACCUGAAGCUUGGGCAGUUCACCCACAGCAGAGAGCAGCCACGAGGUGUUACUCAAAUAAUCAACUACACCACCGUCGCGCUGUUGCCUGUCCUUUCCUCCCUGUUUGAACACAUCGGACAGAACAUGUUUGGAGAAGACCUUAUAUUGGAUGAUGUCCAGGUCUCUUGUUACAGAAUCCUCAACAGCCUCUACCUUCUGGGAACCAACAAGAGCAUCUAUGUAGAAAGACAUCGUCCAGCAAUAGGAAAGUGUCUAGCUGCCUUCUCAGCAGCCUUCCCUGUUGCCUUUCUUGAGCCUCACAUCAACAGGUUCAACAGCUUCUCCAUUUACAACAGCAAAGGAACUAAAGACAGAGCGGCUUUAGGCCUUCCAGGACAGGUUGAAGAGGUUUGUCCUCUGAUCCCAAACUUAGAGAAGUCUCUGGAGGAGAUCAUGGAGUUAGCAGAGUCUGGCAUGAAGUACACCCAGAUGCCCCAUGUCAUGGAGGUGGUGUUGCCCAUGUUAUGCAGCUACAUGUCUCAUUGGUGGGAAGAUGGACCAGAGGGCAACUCAGACAAAGCGGAUAGCUGCUGCACCUCCGUGACCUCUGAGCACAUGAACACUCUGCUGGGAAACAUUCUCAAAAUCAUCUAUAACAACCUAGGAAUAGAUGAGGGGGCCUGGAUGAAAAGACUGGCUGUUUUCUCUCAGCCAAUCAUCAGCAAGGCAAAAGCCCAGCUGCUCAAGACCCAUUUUCUGCCUCUGAUGGAUAAACUCAAGAAAAAAGCAGCAGUUGUGCUGAUGGAUGAGGAACACAGCAAAGCAGAGGGGAGGGGUGAGAUGUCAGAGACAGAGCUUCUCAUCAUGGACCAGUUCACCAUAUUGGUCAGAGACCUGUAUGCCUUCUACCCUCUGCUCAUCCGAUUUGUCGACUACAACAGGGCCAGAUGGCUCAGAGAGUCCAACCCGGAGGCUGAGGAGCUGUUCCGCAUGGUGGCCGAAGUUUUUAUCUUCUGGGCCAAGUCUCAUAACUUCAAGAGAGAAGAGCAGAACUUCGUGGUCCAGAAUGAAAUUAACAACAUGUCCUUCCUCAUCACUGACACUAAGUGUAAGAUGUCAAAGGGAAUAGUGUCAGACCAGGAGAGGAAGAAGAUCAAGAGGAAGGGAGAUAGAUACACAAUGCAGACAAGUCUGAUUGUUGCUACUCUGAAGCGUCUGCUGCCUGUUGGACUCAAUAUCUGUGCCCCUGGAGAACAAGAGCUUAUCACACUGGCUAAGAACCGCUUCACCCAGAAAGAUACCGAGGAUGAAGUUCGAGAGAUCAUUAGGAACAAUCUCCAUUUACAAGGGAAGCUGGAGGACCCAGCUAUUCGUUGGCAGAUGGCCUUGUACAGGGAUCUCCCCAAUCUCUGUGAGGACACCUCUGACCGUGAGAAGACUGUGGAGAGAAUCCUGGACAUUGCUCAUGUCCUCUUCCACCUAGACCAGGUUGAACAUCCUCAGCGCAGUAAGAAAGCAGUGUGGCACAAACUGCUGUCUAAACAGAGGAAAAGAGCAGUAGUCGCUUGCUUCAGGAUGGCACCACUUUAUAACCUGCCCAGGCACCGGGCUGUCAACUUGUUCCUGCAGGGCUAUGAGAAGUCUUGGAUUGAGGCAGAGGAGCACUACUUCGAAGAUAAACUCAUAGAGGACCUUGCAAAACCGGGUGAACAGGAGCCAUCUGAAGAAGAGGAAGGGUUGAAGCACAUUGAUCCUCUGCAUCAGCUCAUUCAGCUGUUCAGUAGAACAGCCCUCACAGAGAAGUGUAAACUAGAUGAGGAUAAUCUUUACAUGGCCUAUGCUGACAUCAUGGCUAAGAGUUGCCAUGAUGAAGAGGAUGAAGAUGGAGAGGAAGUGAAGAGUUUUGAAGAGAAGGAGAUGGAGAAGCAGAAGUUGUUGUAUCAGCAGGCUCGGCUGCAUGACAGAGGGGCCGCUGAGAUGGUGCUUCAAACCAUCAGUGCUAGCAAAGGUGAGAUGGGUCCCAUGGUGGCCUCCACUUUGAAGCUGGGGAUCGCUAUUCUUAAUGGUGGAAACUCUACUGUACAGCAGAAAAUGCUGGAUUAUCUGAAAGACAAGAGGGAUGUGGGCUUUUUUCAGAGUCUGAGUGGUCUGAUGCAGUCAUGCAGUGUACUGGAUCUAAAUGCAUUUGAGAGGCAGAACAAAGCUGAAGGACUGGGAAUGGUGACUGAGGAGGGAUCAGUCAUCACUCAUGAGCGUGGUGAGAAGGUCAUGCAGGAUGAUGAGUUCACUUGUGACCUUUUCCGCUUCCUGCAGCUGCUCUGUGAAGGACACAACUCAGACUUCCAGAACUACUUAAGGACACAAACGGGGAACAAUACAACUGUCAACAUCAUUAUCUCUACUGUUGACUACCUCCUCAGAGUCCAGGAGUCUAUCAGUGAUUUCUACUGGUAUUAUUCUGGAAAAGAUGUUAUUGAUGAACAGGGCCAGAGGAAUUUUUCCAAAGCAAUACAUGUGGCCAAACAGGUUUUUAAUACACUCACCGAGUACAUCCAGGGUCCAUGCACUGGCAACCAACAGAGUUUGGCCCAUAGUCGUCUCUGGGAUGCUGUGGUUGGUUUUCUUCAUGUCUUCGCUCAUAUGCAGAUGAAACUGUCUCAGGACUCCAGUCAGAUUGAGUUACUGAAGGAACUGAUGGAUCUGCAGAAAGACAUGGUGGUCAUGCUGCUGUCUAUGCUGGAGGGUAAUGUGGUGAAUGGGACUAUUGGAAAGCAGAUGGUGGACAUGUUGGUGGAGUCCUCCAACAAUGUGGAGAUGAUCCUCAAAUUUUUUGACAUGUUCCUCAAACUAAAAGAUUUGACCUCCUCGGAUGCCUUCAAGGAAUAUGACCCUGAUGGAAAAGGUGUUAUCUCGAAGAGGGACUUCCAUAAGGCAAUGGAAAGCCACAAACACUACACCCAGUCUGAGACGGAGUUCCUGCUCUCCUGUGCUGAGACUGAUGAGAAUGAACUCUUGGACUAUGAAGAAUUUGUAGACCGCUUUCAUGAGCCAGCCAAGGAUAUUGGCUUCAAUGUGGCGGUUUUGCUGACCAACCUGUCGGAGCACAUGCCUCAUGAUACGAGGCUGCAGACAUUCCUGGAGCUGGCAGAGAGUGUCCUCAACUACUUCCAACCCUACUUGGGCCGGAUUGAAAUCAUGGGCAGUGCCAAACGCAUCGAGAGGGUCUACUUUGAGAUCAGUGAGUCCAGUCGAACACAGUGGGAGAAACCACAGAUCAAAGAAUCCAAACGUCAGUUCAUAUUUGAUGUGGUGAACAAGGGUGGGGAGAAGGAGAAGAUGGAGCUGUUUGUGAAUUUCUGUGAGGACACCAUCUUUGAAAUGCAGCUGGCAGCUCAGAUGUCUGAUGCUGGUGAACGAUCAGCGAUGAAAGAAGAGAGUGAAAGGGGAAAACCAGAUGAGGAGAACGCUGAGAUGGGCUUCUUCUCUGUUACCACUGUCUGCAUGGCUCUGUUGGCUCUGCGAUACAAUGUUAUGCUGCUGAUAAAGGUGCUAUCUAUGAAAAGCUUGAAGAAGCAAAUGAAAAAGAUAAAGAACAUGACAGUGAAGGACAUGGUGACUACCCUGGUCUCCUUCUACUGGUCGGUGUUGCUGGGCCUUCUCCAUGUAGCAUUCAGUGUGGCUCGAGGAUUUUGCAGAAUCUUCUACAGCACUUUCAUAGGAGGCAAUCUGGUGGAGGGGGCUAAGACCAUAAAGGUGUCAGAGCUGCUGGCCAGCAUGCCUGAUCCCACCCAGGAUGAGGUGCGUGGUGAAGGAGAGGACAGAGAAAAGAGACCAUCUGACCACGGCUCCCUGAAGGAGGACCUGGCUGACCUGGCAAUAAACAUUAAUGAGACCGAGCUGCUUUCGGACAUUUUUGGUCUGGACUUAAAAAGGGAGGGGGGCCAGUACAAGAUCACCCCACAUAACCCCAAUGCUAGUCUAGCUGAACUGCUGAACUCCCCAGUUCCUGCCCAAAACCUACAAACACCACCCACAGCACCCCCACCUGAGCUCAGACAAAGGCACCAGCUGAAGACGUCUUCCUCAGAGGAGAAAGAAGGAACACCAGAGACUGAAUGUGUACCUGAGAAAACAUCAGUAAGUGGACAGACAGAGAAACAAUUGAAGAAUGAGAAGAUGAAGCCAAAAGUUAGAAGACAUCACACCUCAAAGUCUGAUGAACCAGAUCUGCAGGAGUCUGCAUUCUUGAAGAAGAUCAUAGCCUACCAAAGGAAACUACUGAAUUACUUUGCCAGGAACUUCUACAACAUGAGGAUGUUGGCACUGUUUGUUGCCUUUGCAAUCAACUUCAUCCUCUUAUUCUAUAAGGUUUCCACAUCCUCAUCUGUGGUUGCGGAGAAGGAAAGGAAAGUAUUGUACACCAGAAGUCAACCAGACAGCAGCGUUCAGUGGGAUUCCCUGGGUGGAGAAGCAGAGGAGACAAAGGAGGAGUUGAUGGAUAUGACUGGGGAGCCCUUAAAGCCUGCCAUGGUUCGUUUUGUCCUAGAGGAGAGCAGCGGAUACAUGGAGCCCAUGCUACGGAUUCUGGCUGUCCUGCACACUGUCAUCUCCUUUUUCUGCAUUAUUGGAUACUACUGUCUCAAGGUGCCACUUGUGAUAUUUAAGCGUGAGAAGGAGGUGGCCAGGAAGCUGGAGUUUGAUGGCCUUUAUAUCACAGAACAGCCAUCUGAGGAUGACAUCAAAGGACAGUGGGACAGACUGGUUAUCAACACACAAUCUUUCCCCAACAACUACUGGGAUAAAUUUGUGAAGAGGAAGGUAAUGGAUAAAUAUGGGGAGUUUUAUGGCCAUGACCGCAUCAGUGAGCUGCUGGGAAUGGACAAGGCUGCUCUGGACUUCAGUGACGCUCACAGAAAGAGAAAGCCCAGGAGGGACAGUUCACUGGCUGCUGUGCUAAACUCCAUUGAUGUCAAGUACCACAUCUGGAAGCUGGGGGUUGUAUUUACAGACAAUUCCUUCUUGUAUCUGGCCUGGUAUAUGACCAUGUCCAUCCUGGGUCAUUAUAACAACUUCUUCUUUGCUGCCCAUCUGCUCGACAUCGCUAUGGGUUUUAAGACACUCCGUACCAUCCUGUCCUCAGUCACACACAAUGGCAAACAGCUGGUGUUAACAGUUGGCUUGUUAGCAGUGGUGGUAUACCUUUAUACAGUAGUGGCUUUCAACUUCUUCAGGAAGUUCUACAACAAGAGUGAAGAUUCCGAACUGCCAGACAUGAAGUGUGAUGACAUGUUGACAUGCUACAUGUUUCACAUGUAUGUAGGUGUGAGAGCAGGUGGAGGGAUUGGUGACCAGAUUGAGGACCCAGCAGGUGACGAGUAUGAGAUCUAUCGCAUCAUCUUUGACAUCACCUUCUUCUUCUUUGUCAUUGUAAUCCUCCUAGCUAUCAUCCAGGGGUUGAUCAUUGAUGCUUUUGGAGAGCUGAGGGACCAGCAGGAACAAGUGAAAGAAGACAUGGAGACCAAAUGUUUCAUCUGUGGAAUAGGUAAUGACUACUUUGACACAGUUCCACAUGGCUUUGAAACGCACACACUGCAGGAGCACAACUUAGCCAACUACUUAUUCUUUGUGAUGUAUCUCAUCAAUAAAGAUGAAACAGAGCACACAGGCCAGGAGUCUUAUGUAUGGAAGAUGUACCAGGAGCGUUGCUGGGAGUUCUUCCCUGCUGGUGACUGUUUCCGGAAACAGUAUGAGGAUCAGCUCAACUGAUCUGUUCAUGGAGGAACAGACUUUUUCCUUUAAUACUCUAACUUUUUGAAGCCCUCUACACCCAUCUUUCCUCUACUUACACUGUACACUUUUCUUAGUGCUCUCUGGGGAGUCUGUGUUCUACCUAACCACAGGUACUACCUCCCAGUCAUGAAGGACCUACAAAAUCCAGAGUAAUUCUUCCUCCCAGCUCUUCCUCAUUGAAACAGACAACUUGCCAGCUUCUAGCACACUUUGUUUGCAAGGCUUCUAGACAUAGAGAAUAUCAGAUUAUAUGCUGUGCAAUAUUUCAAGGGUUUUGGCUCAGACUUGUGGCACGCUGAGGUCUUUUGAGUCAGAAGAAGACUUCUUUGCUUCAUCUUAUUCUACAUUUACAGUAACAAGCAAAAAAUACAAAGGAAUAAUGGAGCAAGGGAAAAAGGAAGGAUGCAAAGAUGGAUGGAAGAACAGAGUGGAAGGAAAACAGAGAGAUAAGGAGACUUUCAGGACAGUCACAGAUAUGUAAAAAGCAGAAAUUAGAAUGACUUUUCAUGUAAAAUUCACAUUGCAUGUAAGCACAGAGGGUGAAAUCAAAAACAACUGUACAUCCUCCUGUAACUUAACACAACAGCUCUGCGAUAAACCUGAGGUUUUAGAAGCUUAUGUAGUCAUCUUUUGUUAAUGUGAAGAUUUAAGGUGCCUGUACAUAAUAAUCUAAUCCAACACAUGCAGCCUCCAGAACCUCCACUUGAAUUAACACCCAUAACACAGUGUCAACACCAUCUGAACAAUCAGAGCUUCACAAAUAGGGUUUUACUGAACUGAAUUAUACAGUAGUAAAGCUUACAGAUGUUAAAUAUUGUGUCCACACACUGCCAACACUGUGUGUGAAGGGCUCCUUUAUAUUGCUAACAAUAUGAUAAAUUCAUUUUGUUCCAGUAGAUUUGAGUGACCUGGAAACCCAGUCAAAGUAUAGAUGUAAACAAGUCACAGUCUCUCAUUAGCUUGUCAGUUAACAUCUUUAAUUUACAACAUUACAUAAAUAAAUGUCCCCAAAUGAUGCUUGGUAAAUAGUUAAUGUGUUUAUAACUCUGGCUUUUUUAUUUCAUCUUUUGUCCCAGUAGUAGCAGCAUGGCCAAAGGACAGAGAUAUCCAUCUGUCCAACAGAUAUACUGUACAUACUGUAUAUAGAUGAGAAUGGUCAGAUUGCAAUUAAAUUUACAGAGCACAUUCAUGCUCCCUUUUAUUUUUAAAGAACACCAUCCAGAAAAACUUAUCAUUUUUAGCCCCCACUUUGCUAGUGUAAGAACAACUGAAAACUAAUCAUAUUUGUUCUGUUCGGCUCUUCAAUGUUGUGAUGUGUACCUCUGUGUACCAAUAGUAGGACUUUAGACUAUUUUUAAUUUGAUUUUCCUUGGUACAUUUGUUAAAUGUUGUAGUUUUAUGAGAAGCAAUACCAAAGCAGAAAACAAGCGAUUUACCUGUUUAAAGCUACAUACAGUUUUUUUUGUGUUGUUAGCUAAGAUAAAUAAUCAGCCAGACUGGAGAAAGUCAAAGUCAUCUUUUCAUGCAGUGGGAAUGCACAUGGUAAAUGAAUGAAAGGAGAGGGGGGAUAAGACAUGAAGGAUACAGUGCCUUAUUAAGCCAGGAAUGAGCAAGCUGGAAGAGGAGAGAGACUGCUCAUAAUAUCUGGAUGUGUACUGUGAUAGAGUGUUUAUGACAGAGAAUAAUAUGCCAUGUGUGAGCACUAUAGGAAACACGCAAUGAAGGACACAUAAAAGUAGGAUAAAGGGAGAAAUGUCCUCAAAACUUUAUUAUUGGGAACAUAAAAUCACAGAAAUGUCUCUCUGAUUCUUAAACAUUUUUGGUGCAGACCUGAGUAGAAAUAUAUACUUUAGAAAUAAUUUCAAUUUUUAGUUGUGCUUACUUUAUAGUGUUAGUUUUUAAAAUGUCAGUAUGAUUUAAACUGUCCUGUUCUGAUAGUACUCUCAGAUGAUAUUUGAAGCUGAAAUGUGUAACAUUUGAAAAUCUAGCUAGCUAGCAUGAGCUAGCAUAAGACACCAGAACCAAUUGCCUCCCUCUCUCCCCCUACUCACUCCACUCUGCUCUGCGCUCUACCCGGCCCAUCAUGGACGCCAAAAUGGUCACACAUUGUCGCAGUUUCGAGAGAAUUUCACCAAAUUAGUGGACAGCAUUUAACUGGUGUGCAUUAAAAUAAUGUAUCUCACCAAGCUAAAUGCCCUGCCUCAUGUCUACAGUAAACACAGCACAACUGUAUAGCACCGUCCACUACACAACAUGGGGCCCAACACAUCAAAGUUUGACCAUCAAAAAGGUUGUGUUACCAAACAACAACAACAAAAAAACAAACAAAAAAGGCUUUGCUACUCUGUCACAAGGAGGACACAUACCAUUCAAAAACAUGUCUGAAAUUGAAUAAAAGUGCAGCUACAUCAUUGUAGUAACUGAAGUGUGUGAGGCACAGCAAAGUAAUAUGACUGCAGCUGUAGCUGGCACUGACCAGAGAGCCAGACUACAACACUUUAAGAUGAGUGGGCAUCAAAAUAAUAUAAUUCACAGUCACAAAUUGACUCAACAGCUGUGGCAGACCGACCAGGUGCCUUGUGAAUGAACUUACCUGGAUGUAACUGGUUGAUUAUUACAACUGAAAGUAGCAACACAGUGAGAUCCUUAGUUUAGCCAGCUGCUGUUACAGUCACACUGUGCCGAUGACAUGUUCUGGCAUGAUUUAGCUACACGCACAAACGGUAAUAGUUUGAAUCCUUAUCGUACUACUAUAAAUAAUAAAUUCACAAUAUACCAGCCAAGCAGAAAGAAUGUUAAAUCAGCAUCUGUUUGUAAGUCCCUUUUCUCUGUCAGCUCUUUCCAUCUGCUGAAAACGGCGCCAAUAUAACUCUAUGAUCUAAAUCAAACUGUGUUGUUUUUCUUUCCUACCUUCCUUUAAAACCGUUUUCUUGUCCUUUUUGUGUAGCUGUCUCAGCUAACAGUGAAAUCAGGCACUUGCUAGCCUGCAAGUCAUGAUGAUGUCAAUAAAUCUGAAGUGUGUUCAUGCAAUGCUUGAUACAGUACUCUGGACUGUUUAACUGUAUUGUGUUAUACAAGGGUGCCUCUCAUUACAACACUUAAUGCUAGUGACACACUCCACUCUCAUCUGUUGUUGUUUGUCCCAGAUUGUUGUUGUCACUUCAAACUGAGAUCUGACUUCCCAGAGCUCUGCAAAGCAACUUAAAGAUCAUGUGAGAGUACUGUACAAGAUAGAAUUAUGUCAAUCAUAUUGACAUUUUAAAAAUUGUACCACUAUAAAGCAAGCACAAUUGAAAAUUUUAAUUAUUUCAAAUGUGGAUAUUGAAGCCACCCUUAUUGAUAUGAAUGGGCUAGACAGGUAUUACAGUCACCCCAGGCCAACAGUUGCCUGUGUUGGAUUUAUUGCCAGCUGUUCCAACGGCAUAAACGGUUUUCAUGACACUAAUCAAUAAUCAUCAUUUAUGAUGCCGGUAUACCACCAGUUUUAAAGAUGAAUUCAUCUUGUUAGCUUAUCUUUUUUAUCUACACAUUCUGCUGCAGACACAUACUGUAGGUAUACAUGUAUAUUCUAUCUCAUGCAAUAUAGGUGUCAGCAUUGAUGAAGAGAAAUUAAAUGUCUGAUGGUAUGCUCACUUUUUCUGUUUUGAUUUAUAGUAGAUCCUCACUGCAAUGCAGGAAAAUUAACUGGCGGUGUUCAAAGAGGGGAAAAAGUGCAAACUUUCUAUAGAACAUUUUCCCUGAUUCACAAAGUUUGGACCAUGUUGGCUUUGAAUGCACAAAUAAAGGCCAAAAGAAUAACAUAACCAUUUAAAAGCAUUAAAAAAUAAUUGUGGCAGUAUGUUGUUGUUUUUUUGUUUUGUUUUUUGUUUUAUAAGGUUUGUUUAUCCAGGGUCUUCUUUUUGGGUGAUGUUCUCAUGCAAUAUAGCAAACGGAGUUAUUCUUUUUGUAUAAAUACAAUGUUAAAAAAAUUAAAAAUGCAAUUGCAUGUUUAUUGUGCAGGGUUGAUGAACAAGUAUAACAUUUAAACAAUGUCUAGGUCACUCAUAAAUUCCUUAAUAAAAUUAUUUAAGAUGAAUUAAGAUUUCUGUAAUAUUGUAUUUAAUUGGUGUGGACUUCAUUGUAACUAUUUAAGUCAUUUGCCAACACUGCAUAGAUCUCUCAGUUAACUAUUUCUGUUUAAAUAUGCUAUGAGAAACAGUUUUCCUUAAGUAUCUUUUGGUUCUUUAGUUCAAGCAAUAGCUUUUCAGGGAGUGUAUUAGAGAUGAGUGACCACUGAAAACUGCAAAAUGCAAAUUGAGAGCUUGCUUAUUAAUUUGUUGCACACUUAAAUAACAAUAUGUGUUUAAUAAUUUAUUAUCUAUUUAUUUUA